GGGUUUUCGGGGUAUCCGGCCAUGAUAAGUCUAUAGAGUGAUGUGAAGCGUUGGGGGAGGGAGGGGGAGGGGGAGGCGGGUGAGCAGCCGGCGCGCGAGGAACGCGCUUAUAUAUCCCCGCGACAUCUCCGGUUAUGUUAGCGCGGGCCGCCACCCCGAAUUGCAUUUCUACAUCAUCCGCCGCACCGCUCGCUCCUGGCUCGCUCCAACGAACGCUGCCGCCGGUGGUGCCGCGCACCAGCCAGCGCCCCGUAAAUUUUGCCCCGAGGCGGGGUCGUCAAAGGCGUGGGCGGCGCGCUUUCGUGUCGCUCGUCAUCGUCCCUCCACACCCGCGAGGGUGUGCGGAGGCGGCCCCUGUGGGGGGCGGCGCCGGGGUCGAGGUCCCGCCAGUGUCUGGGGUGGCCGGUGUCGAGCACUUGGCGGUGCCGGCCGCCUCAGUCUGGGCGCGGGGAGAAGAUCUGUCGGCAUCGGAUCCUCUUCCCCAGACCCACCGCGGGGUCAAAAGUCGAACCGUUUUCGAUCCUUAUUUGGCAAUUUUGGGAUGUGGUUCUACAACGGCUACCUCAGGCUGUGGCACGCACGCCUUCUUCUUGAAUGACCAUGGAAAAUGUACCCAUAAUCGAGGUCUACGCUUUUUCAGAUGUCGUACACUUCGUGAUUGAGUGAGGGCCAGCGAAUGUGUGGGCAAGGCCUCUGAAUCUGAUCAACUAUGAAGGCAGCCAAUCCAAGCAGUCUUACGACUUGAUUG